GAAAAUGUAAUGAGAAGGCUUGGCAACAAUGGAGACAUUCUGGACACAGAAGUUGGGGGAAUUAUAUUUUUCAUUAAUAUAUUGAAUGUUUAAUGAAUUUUGACAAAGAAUUAUUCCCAAAUUGAUCUCAUAAGUAAUUUCAGUAAUACUAUCAACAAGAGAGAGAAAAAAAAUGAAUCAAAUUGUUCUUCUAUUGUAAGCCGCAAGUCAAGUCAUCACGCCAUUUUGCCGUUUGUCGAUGUGUGUCCUGUUAGAUUUUCCCGUGAUGAUCUAUUCCCAUCGUUAUCCGAUCAUCGGCUUAAAAAAUUGAAAUUUUGUUUAACAAAGUGAAUAAUCAAGACAAUAGUUUGCUACCGCAGGUCUCUUAAAUAGCAGAAAAUAUUCAAGGAAGUUGGUUAUAUUACCAACACCAUGACUUUGAUAUUUUAAACAAUUUGGUCCUUCAAUAUUAUGGCUCAACCUCAAUAUUAUGAAAUAUUGAAUGAAGGCGGUAAAAAUCCUGAACAACAGUUCUUUACUAAUGUAGAGGACCAGACAGUACAAUAUGUAAUAACUCCCGAUACUACUCAAGUACAGUUUCCAAAUCAACAGAUAACGCAAGAUCAAGUACUGCAAACCCAAAUCAUACACCAACCCAUCAUCCAACAACCAAUUCAGAUUCAAGCUCCUCAGUACGCCCUUCUUAAGGAUGGUACGUUGAGGACUACAGAAGGACAACAAAUAUUCUUUGUAGGUGAUAGUGUAUCUGAAGGAAUAGUUAUAGAAAAACCAGUACAGCUUCCUCCACAACCUAUAGUAUUAAAUCAUCAAUUGGCACACCCCACAGUGGUUAGAGGUUCUGUUAUGAAGACAGGACCUAACCAACAAAUUUUGUUAGAAUCCACUCAGAAACAGAAAGGUAUGCAACGUCCUCAAACUCCUAAUCAACAAGUCAGGCAACUAUCUCCCUCCAUUCCCCAAAUAAGACAACAAAUCGGUAUUACUAAACAAUCUUCACCUCAAGGACAUUCACCUCAGACUCAGCUCAGGCCUCAACAGCAAAAUAUCAGGCCACCGACACUUACUAGAACAGGACAAACUCAGUUUAGACCUCAACUACAAACUGUUGUGAGGCAAACUGAUCCAAAUCAACGCCAACAUUUGCGGAUGCCGAGUCAGACAUUACAGCAUAGGCCGAAUUUGGUGAGAGGUGCGGGUUUGGUUAAUACAAGAAUGCAAGGAAUUGUGCAACAACAUCAAGUACAGCAGUCUGCACAACCUUCUAAAUUUACUAACCAAGCAGCAAAUGAAAACGAAGUGACUGCAGAUGACCAAGAGACGGUGUCUUUACCUGAUGGUAUGGUGGUAACCAUGGCUUCAUACAAAAAAAUGUUGGCGGAUCAAAAAGCUAGAAACAAUCCUCAAAAACAAAAUGUUCAACAACAACAAACAAACCAAAUUCAAGGAUCCCCUUCUAUUCAACAGCCACAGCAAAACAUGCUGAUGCAACCUAAUAAUCCGUUGGGCUCUUCCAAUAUUAGACCUCAGCUAAACCCUAUUGCUAAAAAGGGUAGGAACCCAGUUCCACGAGUACCUAGGCUACCUGUGAAAAAUGUUCCUCGAUUAACAAGACCUAGAGCACCUCUAGCCAAUCAGCAGCCUAAUAACCAAGAACAUUUCUCUAUGUUGAGUCAGCAACAACAGAUGAAUAAGCAGCAAACUCAACAAUUUCAAACACAGGGACCACCUCCUCAAAUGACGAUGAUGCAGCAGCAACAGUCCCAAAAUAAUCAACAUAUACAACAACAAAACCAGCUUCAACAGCAGCAGCAACUUCAACAGCAAAAUCAAUUUCAACAACAACAAAACCAACUUCAACAGCAAAGAAACCAACAAGCUCAGCUUCAGGCUCAGCAACAACAGAGGAAUAAUUCUUCUCAUGCGAAUUAUAUAAUCCAACCGCCAAAAUUGAAUCAGAAACCAUCACAACAAAGACGGUUACCAGCGUAUAUACCUUCUAGUCAAAUUCAAAAAAUUAUAGAAAGUACUCCUAUCGGUGACGAUUUUCCGGAUUCGAUCAGAAUGCUUGUUUUAUUAGAGAAUGGCGAACAGCGUUUGAUAACUUUUACUUUACCUAAAGAACCGUGUACAAUUCAAGAAAUUUUAGAACAAGUGAAUGUACCAUUUCAAGCUGAUACACGCAUACAAGUUAUUGAAACAAAUUCCAAUGGUAUUAAUUAUAUAGUUACAGUUGGAAACGUUGCUAACUUAGGAUUCAAGGAAGAAGAAACACCUCCUCCUCCUCCUCCUCCUUUGCAAGAACAUCCGCCUACUUCACCAACAAACAAUUCUGCUCCCUUAACUAAUCCUCUAACUCAACCGCAUUUACAACAAAUGUCAAAAAUGCAAACUCCAAAAACUAUACCAACACCAACUCCUGUCCAAGCACCUGUACAACAAACCAGAACUGCAGAAGUGCCACAGAAAUCACCAUCUCCUGAACCCGUCAAGGAAAUUCCAAAAUUUUUAGCUGGAAUGUUAGCCUUGUGCGGCGCCUGCGGAUACCUCUCGGAAGAUUUCAAUAGAUGCAUAAGAUGUUCUAGAAAAUUGCCAGAUAAUGUUAAAGCUAUACCAGCAAAUAUGAAGGGAAAUUCCGAAACACCGAAAAGGAAUCUAGCAGCCGUUGCUUUGGCUCAACAACAGAAACAUCAAGCCCUACAACAACAGCAACAGAAUCAGCAACCUAAAAUAAAUACAAGUCCAGCUACAAAAGUGGCUGCUGGUUCCCCUCAAAAGAAAAAAUCAGGAAGACCUCCCAAAAAUGUGGAAGAAAGCGUUCAUGUUAUCAGUUCUGACGAGGAAGAGGAGGAGGAAGAAAAACCCAAAUUUAGUGAAAAUUUAUUGCAAAAACUUGGCAGUUCGGUAACGAUAAGUCCUAUAUCAAAAGAACCUUCAACAAUCGAUAUUCAGAGGCACUGUUCUUCCAGUUCUAAUACAUCCACAAAAUCAUUAGAUGAAAAAGACUUGAGUACAAAACUGAAAUGUAGGACAGUAAGAAUUGGUACUUACCGAUGUACUCCUUCAGAUGAGAUUGUUAUAGACAGCCUCGGUGUGACGAUGAAAGUCCCUCAUCCAAACAAAGAAAAAGGCGUUUGCACCAUAACUCUCAACAAUUUAGAUGUGGUAAAAGUGCUGGCUAGUUUCAACAGUUCCCUGCCUGUUAUAUUCUACUAUAUCAAUACCUCGUUGGCAGCAAAAGUACGAAUGGAACUGGACAUGACGUCGGACAGCGAGUAUUAUUUGGAUCCUUUAACCUUGGAAGAAGAAGCGCAACGCCGUAUCACUCUAUUACCUGAUGAUAAUCUAGAGGAACAAAAGGAAACUUUUGAGCUAAUUUACAGUUUUCCUGUGAAUAUAUUGGAGGAAUUGAACAUCAAGGAAGCGAAUGAUAUUUUAAUUAAGACUUGUCCAAAGGAUCUAGUGAAACCUACGCCAGGAUAUCUAAACUUCACCAAAAUCAAACAACUGAUGAUUUAUCCACCUGAAGGUCGUUACCGGAUUACAAUAAACACCGAAGAUUACAUUUGCCUCGGUCAAGAUCAGUUUCUCAACGAUGUUAUCAUCGAUUUCUACCUCACCUACCUCGUAGAUAAUCUACCUCCCGAACAGAAGGAGAAGAUACACGUUUUUUCGACUUUCUUUUAUAGAAGAUUAACCACCAAACCUGUCAAAGCGUCUAGAAAAUCUCAACCUAGCGAAUUAGAUCCGACUUUAACACCGGCCCAAAAGAGACAUGCUCGCGUUAAAAAAUGGACGAAAAAUGUGAAUAUAUUCGAAAAGGACUUUAUCAUCGUCCCUAUAAACGAAAACGCUCAUUGGUUCCUUGCUAUAAUCUGUUUUCCCGGUAUGGACGGUCCUCAUACGUGGGACGACAAACCGUAUAACUUGGAAGUUAAUUCCAAGAAGAAAAAAAAAACCGAUACAGUAAACGUUGGCAACCUCGCUAUAUCCAUAAAACAAGAAAAACUAUCUAAACCAAUAUCCUGCGACGACCCAGAACUCAGUGAUAAAGACGAAGCCGAAGGAGAUGACAGCGAAAUGGAAUCCGAUGGUUCCGAAGAGAUUCCCAUAGGACAACCCGCUGGUAUUUCAGUCAGUAGCCCUUCUAGUACCCCUACACCUAAAUUACCAAAAGAAACCAGACCACAAAUCAAACAACCGUGUAUUCUAAUCUUCGAUUCAUUAGCUGGAUCUUCCAGAUGUCGCGUUGUAGCUACACUAAGAGAUUAUUUAACUUGCGAAUAUAAAUCUAAAAUGGGCUCGGAUAAAAAUUUUAAUAAAGACGUUAUUAAAGGUGCCAGUCCGAAAGUACCCCAACAAAACAAUUUCACUGAUUGCGGAUUGUAUUUACUACAAUAUGUAGAACAAUUUUUAAAGGAUCCAAUUAAAGAUUUCCACAUACCUAUUAAAGAAAUCCAAAAUUGGUUCGAAGAAAUAGUAGUGACAAGAAAACGAGAAGAUAUAGCUAAUUUAAUAAAAAGUUUAAUGAAGAAAUAUGGUAAAGAUCUGAGGCUUGUACCAUAUAUAACCUUCCCAACUUACAACGGUGAAAUCGUAAAAAGAGACCUUGAAGACGAAGAAGAAGACGAAGAAAUGAUGGGAGAAGAAGAAGAAGAUGAAUAUUUCGAUAAUCAAAGAAGUGAUUCAAUGAUCACCUUCAAUUCUUCCAAGGAUACCUUAUCGGAUACAGUAUCAAGUGAAAACGAUAUCAAAAUGGAAGAAACAAACUCUCCGAUAAAACCUUCCACAAUUACCGAUACUGACUGUAGUGAUUUCGUGACCCAACCCGUAUUAAACCCUCCCAAACCGGACAUUAGUGAAUUCCCCCGACAAACUAAUAAAGAUACUUUAUCCAUUUUAAAAGCUAAAAGGAUAAUUAAACAUAAAACCCUCGAAGGGCCGCUUUUAAAAAAACACCGGAACGAUGAACAGGACUUGUGAAUGUGAGACUUAUUUUUAUUUUUUAAUAUAUUAACGUUAAGUGUUCGCAGUUAUGUAAUUUCUGAUUUAAAAAAUAUACAGAAGGACUGUGA